GCGUGGGUAGUUGGAAGUUAUUUCCCGUUUGGAAAAUGAAAUCGUCUGAAAACAUCAAAAAAACUACUCCAUAUUGAGGAACAUAUUCGACGAAUUUCAGUACCAAUCUAAUCCACAGCAGCAGGCGAGCUGUAGCGCGAAGCUUUAUCGGCAAAUCAAUACGGCGCACCGUCGCCGGCGGACUCUCAGCUUCACGUUUGCAGACUCUGUUAGGUAUUAAUUACGGUUGCAUUUCUAAAAAGGUCAAUUUCUUGCAUACCAAGAUACAACUUAUCCCCAAAUUCGAUUCGUCUUGUUGUAUUCUUUAAUGUUAAUAAUUGAUGUACGUGGUGGAAAUUUUCAAAUCGAAGUGAUUCUGUGUGAUGCAUGAUGCAUCAUCCAUCGCCAUCUUCUUCGUUUACGAGCGUUGCUGAAUUUAAUUCAGAAAAUCUAACCCUAACCCUAAUUCCAGGACUCCCGGACGAUCUAGCAGCCUUAAUUCUUGCUUUUCUUCCGUACUCUUAUCAUGGGCGACUCAAAUCCAUUUGUAGAUCAUGGAAAUACUUCUUUUCAUCGAGAAUCCUACACUCAAUCCGCCGUAAACAUAUCCCUUUCUCUAAACGCUCUCACCUCCUCUGUAUCUUCCCCCAAGACCCUUCAGUUUCUUCACCUUACAUAUUCGACCCUCAAAAUCUCGCCUGGUGUUAUCUUCCUCCCAUGCCAUGUAACCCUCACGUAUAUGGUCUCUGUAAUUUCACUUCUGUUUCCCAUGAUUCUCACCUUUAUGUGCUUGGUGGUUCCCUUUUUGAUACCCGAUCAUUUCCACUUGAUCGUCCAUCUCCAUCUUCCUCUGCCUUCCGGUACGACUUUGUGACACAUACUUGGGAUUCUCUUCCUCCCAUGCUUUCACCUCGUGGGAGCUUUGCCUGUGCAGCAAUCCCUAAUACCGGUCGGAUUCUUGUGGCCGGUGGUGGGUCCAGGCACACCAUGUUUGGUGCUGCAGGAAGUAGGAUGAGUUCUGUGGAGAUGUAUGAUAUUGGAAGGAAUGAAUGGAUGGCAUUGGAUGGAUUGCCCAGGUUUCGAGCAGGGUGUGUUGGGUUUAUGGUGGGCAAUGGGGAUGAAGAGAAAGAAUUUUGGGUUAUGGGUGGGUAUGGUGAAUCUAGGACGAUAUUGGGUGUUUUUCCUGUAGAUGAGAUUUACAGGGACGCGGUGGUGAUGAAGUUAAAAAAUGGCGGAGUUGGAAAGUGGAGAGAGCUUGGGGACAUGUGGGAAGAAGGAGAAAGGAGUCGGCUUGGAAGAAUUGCCAUUGUUGAGGAUACAAAUGGGGGUUCUCCUGGAAUUUUCAUGCUUGACAAGAAUGACAUAUUCAGGUAUGACAUGGCUUCAAAUCGCUGGUGGAAGGAAACUAGUGUGCCAAAAAGAGCCGCAGAUGAGUCAUCAGUAGGGUUUGUUGCGCUGGAUGGUGAGCUGCAAGUUAUGGCCCUUCACAGUGGAGCUGAUCCAACAAAGAACCGAAGGCCAAGACGGCUUAAGAGGUCAGCGUCUCUAUUCCUACAAAUAUACCAUCCUGAGAAGAAGAUAUGGAGAACCCUUAUCACCAAACCACCAUUCCAGCAACCUUUAGAUUUCAAAACCGCAGUUAUGUGCACUAUUAGACUCUAAAAUGGAUUAUCUGGUUUGUGACUUUCAUACAAAUUUGUUAAAUCCACUUAUCAGUAGUAGUAGUAGUAGUAGUAGUAAAUCAUAUAUUGGUUUCAUUGUAUAGCAUGGUGUUGAAUCAGUUGUCCAUUUACCAUCUUGAAGGAAACCAUUCGCUCAAGGUUAUCAUGUGUACAUAAGAAAUAUAAAUAAAAUUGUUAAUAAUUUGAUUU